AAAUGUCAGAAGCAUAUAAAAGUCUGAAGGCUGAAGCCAACAGUACAGUUUUAUCGUAUUGUUCGACAAAAAGUGGUACUAAUUGAAAAUGAUUUCUUACAAAAAACAAACACUUUUUUGUAUUCUACUGCUCUUAAGCACUUUAGCAGUGGAUGGACGAAGACUUGAGCAUCGCGGUUACCAGCAGCGUCACAGCCAUAGACACCGCACACCUUUAUUGCGGCAAGUGGAUACGGGAACGAUUACUGGCACAGCGGAGGAUGACGAUAGUGGCACUGGUACCGGCACCGGUAUGGAUACCGUCACUGGCACGGAAGCUGAAGUCGAUGAAGAACCAAAUCCUGAGUUGAAUACAAAAUCUUCUGAAGCACUGAUUGUUCUUAAACCAGCACAAACCGGUGAUAGUUCGCGCUUCUUUAGAGGCCUAUUUUUGCAAGGGCUCUUCGGCGGCGCCGGUGGUCUCGCUGGUCUUGCUGGUGGCGGUGGAAGUAAUGGUAGUGGUAAUUCUAAUAUUCCCUACAUAAUUGUCAAUGUGCCCAGCAAUAUUACAAAUGUCAAUCAGAACAACUUGAAUAACACAGGAGGGGGCACAACCACAACUACACCCGCACCGGGCUCUCGCCGUCAAGUGAUCUAUCAAUCCAUUCCCUUUCCGGAUACCACACAAGUAUAUGAGCAACGCCGCACGACCAGACCAGAAAAUCAAGCAAAUGCACAAAAUUUCAUACUCAGUCCAAGUAAUCAGUUGGUUCCGGUGUACCUGCCGCCUGAAGUGCAAGCUCUAAUGCAGAGUAGUGUUUUUCCCAACGCCGUUGAGCAACCAAAACGUAAACAGUUAAAGAAAAAUAAUAACAAACAUCAAAACAAUAUAAAUCUAUUCUCCGCUUUUGCCAAUAAUUUUAGACGCACACAAUUUUUGUAA